AUGAUGACCUUUUUAACGGAACACCAUGAGUACAGACAAGAACAUGCCUCUCCUUGGUCCCUAGCUAAAGAUGCAGCUGCAUGGCGAAGGACAGUCCAGGUUGCUGUGGCACCUCACCCCAAAGCACUGCGGGCUACCAGAGCAAACACCACUCGGCAUAAAGACGCAGCUGCACGGGAAGCGGCAAUCCGAGUUGCUGUGGCACCUGGUGCCGAAGCACUGCGUGCUGCCCGAGCACUCCCCGCUGAGGCCCUUGACGCAGGUGCACGGAAAUCGACAGUCGUGGUCCUGCAGGCACCUCACGCCGAAGCAAUCGCGGCUGCCGGAGCAUUCGCCGUCGGUGCCGCCAAACACGCAGCUGCACGGGAAGCGGCAGUCGGCGGUGCUCAGACAGCUCACGCCGAAGCACUCUCUGCUGCCGGAGCAGGUGCCGAAGGCUAG